CUGGCCAGAAGGCAUUACCACAGGUGGCUCCCUGCUGGUGGCGCAGCAGGGCUGAGGCUGGCUGCAUGUCAUGGCCUCAUGCCGCUCCUGGCAUGUUUUUGCGUGCCCCUAGGGGGAGGGGGACAGUGUGUCUCCGUGUGCUGCCUGCGCCUGUGGGGACAGUGCUGGGGACAGGGAGAGUGCACGGAGCUGCUUCCCCCCCCAUCAGGGGCCACAGACAGGUGCCACAAGCUGGCUGAUUCCGGGAGCGGCAUGGGGGCCAAGGCAUGUAGGCAGCCUGCCUGAGCCCAGCUGCACCGCUGGACUUUUAGCGGCCCAGAGAUGGCCAUCAACUGGCAGACGCUCCAGGACUGAUCAAUAAAUAAAUUAUGGAUUUAUUUUUGCAAGGCCACUUGAGGCUCUGAGCUGCAACCCCUAAAGUCCUUGCGUUAAUCUGGCCCUGGCAGCAGUAGCAGAAGCUCCCACACACUGCCAAUAUGCUCAAACCUCAUUCUGGAGUUACCCCUAUAGGGUAUGAAUGUAGUUACAUUUCCAUGACCUUUUCUGAGACUUCUAAGAAAGAUGUGAUUUGGUGCCAACUAUAGUGUUUUGUGGGAAGACUUGAUUAAAAAAAAUUACAUUUGGAAUUUUUGUAGGAAAAAAUCAGACAAAUUUUUCACAAAAAUGUGUAAAAGGAAAAAAAAAAUCCUUUAUUUCAAUAAGCUCUGACUGAAGGCACCUGAUAACUAGGAACUGAACUGAGACCAACAUUCCUUCACACUGAAUAUGCAUCAGAGGAUAACAAUAUUCAGUCAUUAGGUUAGAGUUGAAUUUAUGAUGUAGAAAGCUUAACAUCCUCUUACCAGUCUCCUGAUCCUAAUAAUUGGAAUUCCUAAUCAUAUCUCAAAUUAAGUGAUAAUUUUAUUUCAUUUCUUAAACACAUGAAAAACUGAAAGUUCUCAGAACUGUCAUUGGAGUCCUGGAGUUGAUAACCUGUAGUUCAAUAAUUUGCCAUUAAUCUACAAACAAGAGGUAUUUACUUGUCCUGGUCAGAAUUCUGCCUCACAUAUCAGACUAAGUUCCCUCUAAGCUGUGCAACUGCACAGCAGGCUACAAGAGCCACGCAGCUAGAGAGAGGUGGUUCGGCGCAUCCCCACCCAGCAGGAGCUGCUGCGGGUGGGGACAGAUGCGCCCAUCCCCUGGCCCUGCUGGAGCUGCCGGGUCUGGGGAGAGGCACCUCUCCCCUAGUCUGGCACCUCCGGAGCUGCCGGGGAGAGAUGCCUCUCCCCUGGCCCCGAGCUGCUGCAGCGAGAGAGGGCUGGGGGAGUCCUCUCUCUCCCCGCCUCAGCCCUGGGGCAGCCUGCACGCCAAACCCCUCAUCCCUAGCCCCACCCCAGAGCCUGCACCCCCAGCCAGAGCCCUCAUCCCCCCGCACUCCAACCUUCUGCCCCAGUCCUCAGCUCCCUCCCACACUCUGAACCCCUCAGUCCCACCCCUGCCAUACAUCACCUCCAUACUGGUACACAUAACAAAAUUCAUUCCACACAUAGAUGUAAAAAAAUAGAGGGAACAGUGGUGUCAGAGGUACUGUUAAUGAUUGUAGUGAGAUUUUUGUUCCUUCAGCUUCCAAAUAGACCUCAGCUGAUGUGAAAAAUAUAUUUGUUCCCUUAAAGCUGAUGCAUUUUUACCUGCUUUUGUGUUGAUUGCUGAGUUAGUCCUGUUCAUCUAAUAAGAAAUAUUCCAUCUGUCAGAUAAAAGCUAUCUGGGUUAAUCUUUUAUAAUCAGUUUUUGUAUUUUUCCUUCAAAUCUUGUUUUGUGUUAGUUUCUUAUUGUUUGGAAAUAUUCUUGUCACUUGUGGUCCAGUGAACCAUAAAUCAUCUCUGCUACCUAGUCAAGUUGUUAUUGAAAAUUUAAGAGGCUGGGGGCAUUAGAAGAGAAUAUGUAAUCUCACUAUUAUCAGUAAACGUUGCAGUGGGGAAAACAGAGAAUGAAAGACAAAUGUAUGAUGCACUGUAAUAAACAUCAAACCUGUUAAUGUAUUGUUGGUCCAGAAUGUCUCACUCUCAGGCUGAAAGUGUCAUAAAGAAUAUAAUUCGUGAAAUAGGACAAGAAUGUGCCAUGAAAGGGCAAACUGUCUCUGAAACCUUGGUGGCUUUCAUGGUGAAAGCUGUCGUUUUGGAUCCAAGGAAUGAGUUUAAUGUGGAUCGAACCCUCACGAAAAAUGAUGUGCAAAAACUUAUUAAGCUCUGUGUUAGUAGACUUCUUGAUGCAGUAAAUCCAUCCCUGGACACUAUUAAGAUGCAAGUUUACUUUGAUAUGAAUUAUACAAACCGAGUUGAGUUACUUAAUGAGCAGCAUCGUGUUCUAGAGGCCAGGCUGGCCCCUGUGAGCAGAGAAAUCACAGAUAAUCGUGCUCGUACACGGGAAGAGCUGGAGAGCAUUUACCGAAAGAUUGUUAGCUAUGUUCUGCUACGCUCUGGCCUCGGAUCCCCUACAGACAUCAAGGUUGUUAGGGAGGCAACAGCUGCCCUGCAGAGUGUGUUUCCCCAGACAGAGCUGGGUGUGUUUCUCUCUCUCAGUAAGAAGGACAAAGAGCGACAGCUGAAAGAACUUACCAUGAUUGUCACAGGAAUUCGGUUAUUCAACAAGGACUGUGGGAAAGGAGGAGAAGGCAUUGAUGACUUACCAGCUAUUCUGAAUGAAGCCAUUCCAGCAGCCACGCAGCCUAUUGAUGCAGAGCUUCGUGCCUCCCAAGAUCUGGCAUACCGCUACACAGCUGUCUUGGAAAUGAUGCGUGAGAGCUCGCACAGAAAUAUAGAAGCUAGAUUAUCUAUGUUAAAGGAAGCACUGUUCAAUGUGAGACAACAUGAAGCCUUCCUCUACAUCAUUCUGUCUGAUGUGAUCACGUGUGCACAAGAAGUUGAAAUGAUGGACAAGCAGUUUGCGGCACAAAUAGAGCAGUUAAAAAACACUGUUCAAGCAAAGACUGCUGUACCUACAUCACAGGUUUUUCCUAUCUUUCUAGCACUAGCUAACCUCUGGACGAGCUUUCAGGAUGAGAUAUUGCUGCUGAGUUUCCUGACUAAUUUGACAGGCAGCCUACAGCAGUUCUUGGGAAUCCAUGCACAACUGUUUCCUGAUGAUGUGAUGGAGUCGCUUCUCGAAGGAGUGACUGUGAAAAGUGAUGAGCAAAGGAUAAAGGAAACCAUGGGAAUAAAAGUAAAUGUUUCUGAUUUCAAGGAACAAGAGUGGCUUUUUCCAGAAACCACGGCUAAUUUUGAUCAGUUGUUAAUCCAGUACCGUGGGUUUUGUGCUCACACACUUGCUGAAAAAGAUGGCCUCCUCCUCCCAGCUGCAAAUUUUUCAAGCCUCUCUACUCUGUCCCAAAGGCUAUCUCAGAUAAGGUGGCGGAAAAAAAAGACGCAAGAAGAAAUGUUUUCGGAAAUCAUGGAAGUGACCCGCAAUGAAAGAGCUCAUCUGAAUGAGUGGAAGGACGUGAUAGCAAAGUACAGGAAAGAUGCCAGUGACCGUGAGGACAGGAGGGACGAACGUGAGGACAGGAGGGGCGAACGUGAGGACAGGAGGGACACUCGAGAUGAGAGAAGAGAUGCUCGAGUUGAGAGGUGGCAGCAGGAAGAUAGCGGUGGUGGGAUGCAACUCUGGGGCUGCUGCGUGAUCAAACUGACAUGCUCUGGCAUAUGGUGGAGCUUCAGGAACGGCAGCAGGAUCACAGAGUGCCACUGCUGCUCCUGUAUAACCAACCUCCCCCCUCACCAUGUUCCUUAGCCUCCUCACCCACCAGACGAGUAAGAACUCAUGGGGGUAGGCUCCGUCACCCGCCCACUCCACCUCAGUGGACAGCCCAACCAAAAGGCUCUCAUUAUUAUGAAAUUUUUUUAGUGGCCUUUUCCUUCCCUACUAUCCUCCUCCCAAACCCCACCUGGGCUACCUUGUCAGUUCUCUCCUUCUUUUUAUAAUUAAGUAAUAAAGAAUACAUGAUUUUUAAA